CAAGGGAUUUCACUACUGGUUUUCUUAAAUCAGUAGUGAAAAGUAGACACGGUGGCAAUGUUGUAAUUACGUUGAAAUUUGUUUUAAUUGAAUUUCACUACUGAUUUGGUCUUCAACCGUAGUGGAAUCCCUAUUAGUGUUCAUUUGCUCAUUCAUUCAUUAACCCAAUCCCUAACAUAUGUUACGCGAAGCCAACGAAGAACGAAAUUCCCAAAUCGCCAAAUCCCUAAAAAUCAAAACACUCACUCCUGCGCCAUCUUCAUUAUCGUUCUCCAAGUUUCUUCCUUCAAAUUUCUUGUUCAUUCGUUUUCAUUCUUCUUCAGAGCAACUGUGUUCUUCAUUCGGAUUUUUCCCAGAAAAUCUUCUGCAUCUUUCGUUUUGCUUCUGUUUGUUCAGGUAUUUUCAUCAUCAUUUCAUGUGUUUUUGGGUUUUAUAUUAACAAAGAAAGAUCUUGAAUAACCCGUAGUGGGCUUACAUAUAAACAACUCCGCAAACCAUCGAGAAAUUAAGAACAUUGAAGAGCAAUUUGACACAUAAAUUACAUUUAAGAGUUUCAUGCAUUAGAACUAAACGCAACCUUCUUGCUUCGAUUUCCAUUUUUUUUCUUUUCUGAUAUCGUGUUUUGGGUUAUUCAGGAGCGUAAGAACGGUGUGGUUUAACUUCCAUUGUUUUUUUUGGAUUGGUUUUCACUUUGGAUAGUUGUUUUGUAAGUAAAUCUGGUGAAAAAUUUGGAUCUUGGAAGUUUUUUCGGCUUCAAUCUGAAACCCUAAUUUUGGUCUGUUGCAAAAAGGGUUUUUUGGUCUUUUUUUUGGUAUGGGAAUUGAGGAAGGAACAAGCAGUUCUGGUAAUACUGAAUGUGCUGAAGGAGUUCAGUGUUUGAAACGUAAAGCUAUUUCUGAUGAGGUGCCGAUUUCAAAUGGAAAUGGGGUUGUUGAAGAGGCUCGAUGCUCGAAAAGUGAAGAGGUGAAUGAUGGGGCUGUAUUUUCCAAUGGAAAUGGUGCUUCUGAGGAGGCUCGAUGCUCGAAAAGUGAAGCUGUGAGUGAUGGGGCUGUAAUUUGCAAUGGAAAUUGUGUUUCUGAAGAGGCUCGGUGCUCGAAAAGUGAAGCUGAGAGGGAUGGGGCUGUAAUUUCCAAUGGAAAUUGUGUUUCUGAAGAGGUUCAACACUUGGAAAGUGAAGCCAUGAGUGAUGAGGGGCCAAUUUCAAAUGGAAAUAGGGUUGUUGAAGAGGCACAACACUUGGAAAGUGAAGCCAUGAGUAGUGAUGAGGCUGUAAUUUCUAAUGGAAAUGGUGUUGCUGAAGAGGCUCGGUGCUCGAAGAGUGACGUCGUGAAUGAUAGGGCAGUGUUAAUGAAUGUAAAUGGUGUUGCUGAAGUGAACGAGGUUUUGAAAAGUGAUGGCUUGAAUAAUGGGGUGAAUGUAAAUGGUGUUACUGAAGAGGAUGGAGGCUUGAAAAGUGAACCCAUUAGCAAUGGGGCAGCGAUUUCAGAUGGGUUUGAUUCUGGUGAUGGGGGAUCUUGUGGAGUUACAUGUCUUCGAACUUAUAAGAGGCGAAAGAUAUGCAUAGCUCAUCAAUGAACCAAAGGGAAAAGGAAAGGGAAUCCGCUGAGGUGGAGGAUAAACCACAGAAGUCACUGAAUGAGAAACAACAGGAGAACCAAGAGUUGCUCAUUAGAUGUAUUGCACAACAUCUAGGCUUUUCUGGGAAUAGACCAAUUGCUGCCUGUAUCAUAUACAAAUGCCUCCUGCAUUGGAGAUCAUUUGAAGUUGAGCGUACCAGCGUGUUUGAUCGCAUAAUCCAAACUAUAGGCCAUGCAAUUGAGGUUUAAAAUGCUCAACUUUCAUGUGAUAGUUCUUUUUUCUUCUCACACUCCUUCCUUUACAAAUUUAUUUUCACUAAAACAUUUUUUUUUUACUUCAGACCCAGGAGAACAACGAUGUCUUGGCUUAUUGGUUAUCCAAUGCUUCUACACUUCUCUUGUUGCUCCAGCGCACACUUAAGGCGAGUGGUGCUGCUGGAAUGGCUCCUCAACGCCGCCGUUCUUCCUCAGCAACUCUGUUUGGGAGGAUAACAAUUAACAAUCUUUGCUUCUCCCCCACCAGUUCACUUGUUUUAGUAAUUUAUGUUUUUCUAUGUUGUGCCAAAUAUGAGUAGCUUUGGAGGCCUUCUAUUACAGCCUAAUGUGAAACAUUCAAACGGUUAAGGAUUAUAUACUAAGGCAAUCUUGUCUAUGAACUAUAUGCAUAGUUUGUUCUUGGUCAUUAUUUUAUAUGUUUCCUUUUCUAGAGGGUUUCCUAGUGCUGGUGGGCUUAGUGGAUUUGAAUGGUCAACCAGCUUACAAUAGCUUGAUAUAUACCAUACUUUAUGUACAUUGUUAUAAAUUUACAUGAUUUUGUUUAUUAUACUCUUUUCAGUUGGGAAACUGCGUAGAAAUUGGUAUACCAAUGCUAUUGUUGGUAAUUGGUUUGUCACAAGUAAGUGUUCUAGUAUAAUAAUAAGAAUAUACAUCAUGUAACUUGCAUCAAAUUAUGACUCAAACUAAUUUGGUAUAAUAUUGCAGUAUCUAAAGCAUGUGAGACCAGUUAGAGAUAUCCCUAUCUUUGAACGUUUUCCAGUGUUGAUUUGUUCUUGCAUUUUUAACUACUCCAAAUUUGAAAUUAUCAACGAAGUCUUGACCAUGGAAUUUUGGUUGCAGUCAACUGGUGCAUACCAGGUAGCAGCUCGGUUAGCAGGUCAGUUACUAGGCUAUUGAAUUGCAAUGCUAUGUUUGAAUAUAUAGUGAUUGGUGGAAUGAGAUGGAACAUAAUGAUGAAAUGACGUGGAAUGUAAUAAACUUAUCGUAUCAACGUUUAAAUAUUUUACAAUGAAACAAUAUAAGUGAAUUUCUUUCUGCUUAUGAAUGUAGGGAUGGUGUCAGUGAGUCCCAGUUUAACCAAGUGCUGAACAUUGAACUGAGCCAAGUCAUUGAGGCAUGUAAAUUUCUGGAUGAAACCUGGAAUCCCAAGUUUUUGGUGAUUGUUGCCCAGAAGAACCAUCACACGAAAUUCUUCCAGCCUGGAUCCCCAGAUAACGUGCCACCUGGAACUGUUGUUGACAACAAAAUUUGUCAUCCUAGAAAUUAUGAUUUCUAUCUGUGUGCACAUGCAGGAAUGAUUGUGAGUGACUUUUACUCUUUUUUGUUGAUGUGCAUUUCUGUUGAGUUUGAUUUU